AUGCCGAAGCGCAAGGCGGCCGAGGCGCUGCCAGCCUCCAUAGCGCAGGAGCCUGCCAGCACCAGCGGCACGGGCCCCUUUGUCGUCUACUUCCCCAGCCGGUUUGACCCGAAAGGCGGGGUGGCAUGCGAGUGGCAGACGUAUGCGCACAGCGAGCGCAAGAAUCAAUAUAUGGUGGUCGCCAAGACGAAGAGCAAGGUCGACUUUGUUGGCAGCACCUCCCAUCCCGAGUACAGCAGCGCGCUGCCCUGCAGGUAUGCGCUGGGCCUCUUCAGCCGGCGGUCGGGCAAGCUGGAGGUGAUGCCCGCGGAGGGCGGCAAGAUACUGCGGCUGGAGCCGCGGGUGCGGGGGGAGAGCUACGAGGCGCGCGGCACCACCACCGUCAUCGAGCAGGGCGGGCUCAAGGAUGCCAACAUGCGGCUGGUGGAGGAGUUUGGGUCGCAGCGGCGCAAGCGGCAGCUCAAGGCGCGCGAGGCAGGCAAGGUGGAGGCGGGCCACGUGUCGGCGGGGGCGGCGGUGCUGGGCAUGAUUGCCAGUGUGGGGGCGGAAGCAGCGCAGACCAAGGAAGAGGUGAUCAGGAGCAGCCUGGCGCACCGCAACAUCCCGCCGCACCACGCCGACGCGCGGAGCGCGGGGGAGGCGUACCGCAGCGACGAGAUCGUACCGCUCAGCUUCCGCGACGCCCUGGAAGUCACCAAGCUGUUCCCCGCGGAGAACAAGCCCGACUACCGAGCCCAGCUCAAGGCCAGCGGCAUGUUUGGCGCCGGCUACGUCUUCUCCCGCCUGGGCCUGCUGUCCACGCAGGACCGCGAGCUGCGUGAGGAGCGGUGCCGCAUGCUGACGCUGCUGGGCCACCUGCUCAAGCUGCAGCAGGCGCGGUGGGGGCAUCUCAAGGAGGGGCCCGGGGGGCUGGAGGAGCUGGCGCAGAAGGUCAAGGCUGCGCCCAGCGUGCUGGAGGGACUGCUGAGCCUGUUUUACACAGAAGAGGCGGGCUUUGAGGGGCGCAAGUACCUGAUGAGCAAGGAGAAGCGCAGCCUGCUGCUGGGCUGGAUCCUGGUGCUGGCUGUGCGGUGCCUGGCGGACGAGCUCAAGGUGCGGCCGGGGGAGCUGGUGCAGCGGUACCGCGAGCUGGGGUGCGUGGAUGUGGCCACCACCACCACCUCGCCAGAGGGCACCCGCACGCGAGGGCACCGGGUGAGCCUGGAUACCAGCCGGUACCCCGGCAGCCGGUAUCCCUGGGCCUGGAUCACGCUGAUGCCGCAGUCUGCAGAAGAGAAGACGCUGGGAGACUACUUCCCCGCCCUCAAGCUGGGCGGCCGCAAGCGGUGA